AUGAAACGAAGAACCAAUUUCGACAGUGUAAAAGUUCGCAAAUCUACUCGACGUUCUCGUCUUACUGACAGUAUUUAUGGAAGUGCAUUAAUGUAUCUUAAAUUUAUUUGUAUAUGGGGUGUUAUAAUGGCAGCUGAUUUUUUACUUGAAUUUCGAUUUGAAUUUCUUUGGCCAUUUUGGCUUGUUUUACGAAGUAUUUGCGAUUCAUUUAAAUAUCAAGGAUUGCUUUUUUCAAUAUUCUUUGUAUUUAUUGCAUUUAUAACUGAUCUGAUUUGUUAUAUAUUAUUGCCAAUUCAAUGGCUAUUCUUUGCUGCAAGUAGUUAUGUUUGGAUACAAUACGUUUGGCAAACAGAACGAGGUAUUUGUCUUGGUACAGUAGUUCUCUGGGUGCUUUUUGUAUGGCUCGAAGCAUCAGUAAGAUUACGUGAAAUUAAAACUAUCGAUCUCUGUCGACCAUUUGCUGCUCAUUGUAUCGGCUAUCCAGUAGUAACGUUAGGUUUUGGUUUUAAAACAUAUCUUGCGUAUAAAUGGCGAUUGAGGAAGCAACGUGAUGUACGUAAAGCGAAUGAAACAUAUACUCAGUUAAUCAAUCAAGCGUUACCAAUUGAAAUCCAACAAGAAGUAGAAAAAGAACGAUUAAAUCGAGAGAAAGGUACAUUUUCCGAGAAUUAUGAUGAUACAACACAAUCCAAUGUUGAUGGAAAUUAUCCCUCAACUCCACCGUCUUCAUCGACUAUUGUUACAAAUUAUAUUUCCAAUUCCUUAACAAAUAAUUCAACAAUUAAUAAUUCCCAAUCACAAUCAUCAACAUUUUGUACAGUUUCAAAACGUUCAUCAAAACUAAAUCAUUCUGAUGGAUUAUCUUCAUCUAAUUCAAAUUCAUUUGUACAGUCAACAACAACCACAGCGGCAGCAGCGCGUAAUAAUAAAAUUCAAACAAUGACAACAACUAAUGGACAUGAUGAUGGUUCAUUACCUUAUAAACAACAAAAACAGAAUUCAAUAUCAACAAAUCUUAAUACUACAAAUCAACAACAAAAGAAACAAUCACAAAAAUCUUCAAUUACACAACCAACAACGAAUAAUACACAAAGUCGACGACAAUCAAAAAAACAAGAACAACCUCAAACAAUAUCACGUGAUUCAUCAACUUCAUAUGUUAAUGGUUUUGGGAUGAAUACAUCAAAUGAAAAUUCAGAUAUAGAAAAAAAUCUUCAAAUAAAUAAAUUAGAAGCCGAUGUACAACGAUUAAAUCAAACAGUUGAAAAACAAAAAUCAGCAGAAACACAAUUACGUACACAAAUAACGGAUUUAAAAACUCUUCGAAAAGAUCUUGAAGACAUACGUAUAGAAAAUAAUGAUUUAAAAACAAAAUAUGAUUCUGUUAAUAAUCAACGGCAACGUGAUAAACAACGUUUAGUUGAUCUUGAACGAAAUUUAAGUGAUGAACGACAAAAUAAACAACGUUUAGAAACACAAAUAAAAACAGAAAAAACUGUAACUAAAAAACUUCAAGAUGAUCUAACAAAAUUAACUUUAACACCAACAAAAAAUGAAUGUACAGAACAAUGUUUAAAACGAAAACGUGAUCUAGAGAAUGAAACACGUGAUAUACGUCGAUUACUUAAUGACAAAGAUGAACGAAUUAAAUUGUUAGAUACUGAAAUCAAAACUCUUAAGUAUCGUGAAUCACAAGCAGAUACUGAAGUAUUGUUUCAACAUGUAACACAAUUACGAGAACGUAAUGCUCAAUUACAAGAUAAUCUUAGUGCGGAAACUCGAAUUAAACUUGAUCUCUUUUCUGCACUUGGAGAAGUUAAACGACAACUUGAAAUUGCGAAUAAUGCAGUUAGAGAAAAAGAACGUGAACUUAUUGCUGCAUUACAAUCUCAACAUUCGACACCUAAUUGUAUAUUUAAUGGUCAUCCUCAUUCUCAUUGUUCGACAUCAUCUGGACAUUCAUCACCGACACAUCAAUUAAUUGAUACGAAUAAUAAUCCGACAACAACAUGUUCAUCAAAUAUGUUUUAUCCACCAACUGCUGUUACACCACCACCACCAUUACAAAAUGCAACAUCCAAUCUCGAUCCAAAUGCUCAAGAUUUUUGUUUAUCAACACAUUCAAUAAGCAAUAAUUAG